AUGUCGGCCUCCCUUUCCACUUCCAAAACCUCAAUCGUGGCUCGUACAGUGGACGACCCCUUCUCGCCGGCUGCAUCUGACGAAGCCUUCUCGCGGCUCUUGGGGUCGAGAGACUAUCUUCUGCUCGUUGACGCCGCUGUAAGCCACUUUGACAGUCAGCCUCCCCGGCCCAAGAAAACUCGCCUUUCUUCCGUCACCGAUAGUGACUGGAUGUCCACCCGCGCCUACGAGGACAAAUGGCCUGCAAAUGUUCUUGUCGAACAAGGGACGCGAAAGUUUUGCAGUGUUGUUUGUCGCGCGCUGCGUGCAGCUGGUUUCCACACGACAGGACGCGGAGAGCAUGAGAUGCUAUUGGCAGUUCUCCACGAUCAAAGAGUACUCUCCUCGCUACUAUCGUUUGCUGGUGGAGGCAAAGACGCGCUAGAAGUUGUUUCUGCCAGCAAAAUGUGGCCACCGUGGCUGACGAGACCCGAUGCCGAAGACAUUUUCGACUGCGUUGCCGCGCUUCUCUUCCUUGCUCAGGACCCAGCCGUGCGCCAGACGUGCAAGAACCAUAUCAAGUCGGGCCUGUCGGAUCUGUUGAGCGAGUUGGCUAUCUACAUUACCAGUUUACUGGUCCCAAAAGCAACAGCAACAAGGCGCGAAGAGAACUGGCGAGCAAAGCAACUUGCCUUGAAAGAAGCUCGGGUAGCGCGAGCGUGCCGGAGAACUGAGUUGGAUGAGCUUCAGAUCUCCAUUGAAGCGGCCUUGUUAGCACAACAGGCCCGAGAUGAGGGAGUUCGUCCACUGGUAUCGCCACCGCCGCCUCUGCCAUCCAAUCAAGUGCUCGAAGAAGAUGAGCAGGACUGUGAAUCGGACCCGUUGUGGGUAGAGUUGUUUGGACCGCUCGAAUCCACCAGAAUCGCGACUCUUGGCCCAGACAAUAGUAGCCGGCUAUCAUUGUGUUCCAUUCCGCAAUCGCAAAUCCUGCCGAUAGCAAUGGCUGGAGACGCCGCAGACAAGGAAAACAGUCAGCAAGGUUUGGGGGCGACGAGGAGAUACAAGCAAGUUGACUGA